UUGCAAUGUAAAUGCAUGCUCUUAAAACUUUUUUUAAUACUUAAGUUAAAUGAUUACUAACGACAUCAGUGUGUUGUGAAGUUAUGUUUUUUGAGCAAACUUUUGACAUAAUAUUGAUUGAUGUAAUUUAUAGGAUUGAUUGAUGUAAUUUAUAGGAUAUUAUAAAUACAAAUUUGACUUUGGUUUCGGCUGGUUUAGACUGACUUUCAACAUUAAAUCAUGCAACGAAUACAAAUAAACUUUAAAAUGUCUGUACUUGCGAUCAUACUUCUGGUUGUUUUGGUAAUCUUUAUGUGUACCACCAUAAACUUUACGAUUUCAAAGUUUGAUAAUUUAACAGAAAAAACUAAAGCUGUCCUUUACACAGCUAUCAACCGUCUUGACGAUGCUAAAAAAAACACGGAGGCUACCAAUCAAAAGAUAGAUAAAAUAAUUUCUUUACAACAAGUAAAUAAAAGAGUAGAUAGAAACUUGACAUUAAAAGAUAUAGAUUUAAUGAAAGAACUUUAUACGCUCACUCAUAUUACUUUAGAUAGUGUUACAAAACACAAUCAAAUUUAUAAGCUUCUAAUAAUAGUAUCAUCUCAUUCGAGGAAUAAUUGGCGCAGGCGUUGGAUAAGAUCUUUAUGGGGAAAUAGAACGAUUUGGAGCGAGAAGAAUUGGAGAAUAGUAUUUGUGACAGGGCAAGAAGAUGACGAGGAAGUUAUGCUAACUCUUGCAGAGGAAGCUGAAAAGUAUAAAGACAUUUUAAUCGAAGACAUUGCAGAAGACUUUUAUCAGUUAGCUAAGAAAAUUAUCAUCGGACUUACUUGGAGUAUGCACAAUAUUAACUUUGAAUAUAUUUUAAAAAUUGACGAUGACGUAUUUGUCAACAUUGACAACGCAUUUCAAUUUUUAAACAUAAAUACAAACAUGGAAGGUUACUAUGGAAAUGUUGUCGUUAACAACUUAGUUGAGCGGAUUGGUAGGUAUGGAGUUUCGAAAAAAGAACAUUUAGCAGAUUAUUACAGCCCAUAUUGCUCUGGGGGAGGCUUUAUUAUGACAAAAGCCACCGUUGCUGAAAUUCUUCCCUUUUUUGACUUUACUAGAGUGUUUAAAAUUGAUGAUGCUUACGUUGGAGAGACAGCAAUGAGAGCAGGAAUUUCAGCGACACAUGUCGUUGGCUUUUAUAUGUCUAACACGUGGUGCGAAUUUAAAGAAAACAUUAUUGUUUCACAUCCAACAAAUGAACACAAGUGUAUGAAGUUUUUAACGAACCGUUCUACAAAACAUAAUGUUCGUUAGUAGCAAAACUUUUUUAUAAAGUUAUUAUUGCACCCAAUUUAUAAUGGAUUUAUAGACGAAACUUAGUUUUAUAGACGAAAAUCUAUAGACGAAAUUUAAUUGAGCUUUCUUAAAGUUUAAAAAUCUACAAAGCGCAAAGCGAUAA